GUUGUGACGACAAUCCACAAUUAAUCCUGCCCCAUGGGCCGCGCCAUCGCUGUCUGGGGACUCCACUCGACGGCUCCACGGUUAUACUGUUACCCCGUGAACUACGAACCAAACCCUAAAUCGGCGAUACAAGAAGACUGUAGCGCAGUUGCUUCGAUCUUCGUCGAACCAUUCUCUCCUGACUUUCCACACCUCGCGCAGCGCAUUGGACGAUCAUGGCUGCUGCAACCGAACACAUACCUAAGGAUAAGGAGUUCGUCUCUGGCGUUCCUCAAUACAACGAGGACCUGGAGCAUGCGAAUACUCAUGGCACCUAUCUCGAUUCUGCUGAGACUUCUCAUCUCUCAGAGGAGCACCGCCAGUAUCUGCUUCAGAGACAUGGCACACUUGAGCUCGAUCCUAUGCCUACUAUGGGCGAUGCAGACCCUUACAAUUGGCCCACCUGGAAGAAAAUCCUGAAUCUCGUUUUCGUGGCAUUUCACGCUUGCAUGUGUGCGUUCGCAGCCUCGGCCAUCAUUCCGGCCUACGAGAAUAUCGCAGAAGAUCUCGGGGUCAGUUUGCAGAGGACGUCAUACCUGACCUCGCUGCAAAUAGCUAUCCUUGGCGGUGCACCGCUUUUCUGGAGGCCUCUGUCGACUCGCUACGGUCGUCGGCCGAUCUUCAUCAUCUCUUUGAUAGGAAGUCUGGCCUUCAACAUUGGCUGUGCGAAGAGCACAACGUAUGCAUCCAUGGCGGCCUGCCGUGCUCUUCAGGCGUUCUUCAUCUCGCCUCCCAAUGCUAUCGGCAGUGCGGUCGUCGUAGAAACCUUCUUCAAGAGUGAGAGAGCAAGAUAUAUGGGCGUGUGGACUGUCAUGAUUACACUUGGCAUACCUCUUGCGCCACUCAUCUUCGGAUUCGUCACGUAUUAUGAGGGUUACCGAUGGAUUUACUGGAUCUUGGCCAUCAUCAACGGUAUUCAGCUGGUGCUCUACACCCUGUUCGGUCCAGAGACACGCUUCAUUCGUCAUGAUAAUGCCGAGCACGCCGUAUCUGGUUUCGCCGCCUUCAAGGAGUCGUACCUUAAGUUCCGUCGUAUCGAUCCUACGCCUAUCACCGUUAUGGAGUUUGUCUCGCCCCUUCGACUAGCCAAGUACCCUUGCGUCAUGCUCCCAGCCUGUGCCUACGCCAUGGUCUUCCUCUUUGCCUCCGUUCUCACAACGGUCGAGAUUCCACAGCUGUUCAGCGAGAAGUUUCACUUGAACUCUAAGCAGCUCGGUCUUCAAUUCCUUGGCCUGAUUAUUGGUUCAAUUAUUGGUGAACAGAUCGGCGGCCAUUCAAGUGAUAUGUGGAUGCGUGCUCGCGCAAAGAAGACCUCGCCCAAGAAGCCCGAACCCGAGUUCAGACUGUGGUUGAGCUACUCCGGUAUUCUACUUUCGAUUUGCGGUCUUGUGGUCUUCCUGAUCCGCAUCGAGCAAGCCCCCGAGGGUCAGUGGAAUGUCACACCCAUCAUCGGUGCUGGUAUUGCCGCAGCAGGCAAUCAGAUUGUCACGACGGUGUUGAUUACGUACGCUAUCGAUUGCUACCCUGAGGAGGCUGGCAGUAUUGGCGUAUUCAUCACUUUGGUCAGGCAAACUUGGGGUUUCAUUGGUCCCUUUUGGUUUCCUGAUAUGUUCGCCAAUAUUGGUCUGGCUCCCAGUGCCGGCGUUGUUGUUGCCAUGUUGGUGGUAGGCUCCCUCAUUCCUGUCGUAUUCUGCCACUGGAAGGGCAGAGCGCUCCACAGCAAUAUGAGCAAGCGAUUGUAGGAAGUCCUAAGUAUACUAAAUUGUGGAUUCCAUACGCAUUCAGAUCGAAUGGUUGCAAUGACGUGGAUUUUCAACGGCAUGCCUGAGUCCAUUUGAGUCGCUACGUAAUGUGCUGAAAUUGAUGUAUACAGAGGUGAUCAAUAUAUAAACUACUUACAAACCUGACUCUCACGUUGCAGAAAAAACG